GCUCGAAUAUUUCGGAGAAGACUAGAUCUCCGCUGCACCAAGCAUUUGGAGCUUGACAGUGUGCCUCAGCAAUGUGCUUUUUAUGAUUGCAGAUAUUUGUAUUGAACAGCAGUCACAAGGCGCAGCCACUGAUAAUGAAGAGAAAGGCCGAGAAGCAGCAAUCAGCUGCUCCUGUCAGCGCACUCAGUGCCAUUGCUGCGCGAAGAGCUAGGCAAUCCCAGCAACAGGUCAUUGUACCCAUAAGUCCUUCACCAGAUCCUCGAGCAACGGAAGAGCCUCCGACAAAACGGACGAAGCCUUCACCUCCGACAGAUGAGAAAUGGACGGAUAGCGCAAAGCCCCGUCCCGAUAGGAGAAGAAGGAACAAGAAAAGUUCUGCAGAAGGAAAGCAGGAUGUUAUCGUGGAAUCUGCGCCGCAGGUGUCAAAACUACGGUCUGACGAACCCAGCGCGGAUGAAUCACGAUGGGAAGAGGGAAAUGGAGAUAUCAGCAUGUCGGAUGGCGUUGAUGAAGAGAUCCUCGCGCAAAAUGAGGAUGACGAGAGUUACGAAUCUCCCACGAACGUAGCAACCGAAAUCGAGAACUUUCCUCUUUCGAAGACACGCCUGAACAAGUCUAGCAUCGUCUAUGCUGACGAGCAUCGGCUCUGUGUUCGCAUCAGAGAAAAGAUGAAUCUGGUUGCCGUGGGACAGUACGAUAUUUGGGUGAAACGGGGCGUGAUCAGCUUGAUGGGUGCGAAAUUGCACCCGUCGCCCAAUCUCUACAGGGUUUAUGCGCCAUCUACUCACUCUCUUCCUGUUAUAAAGUGCGUCACUGGAAUCGAGGGUUAUGCGGAAGUUGAGAUCAGCUCGUGUCAUAGUGGCAUAUACCGACUUGAAGACCUAUCGCCUCUGUACCAGCGAAUAUGGAAUAGCAAGAGUACGGCUGCUGAUAAGGCGACCUUGAAAGGGAAUUCCCGACGGACAUUCUCUGUUCUUUACACCUCUUCCGAUGACCCUUUGGGGCGGCACCUACGGCCUUUGCAUCUCGACAAGAAAUGGAGCACUGCUAUAAAGCAUCUGUCUCAGAAGGUCGGAGGGCUCAGAGUGCUUGUGUGCGGCCCGAAGGCUUCGGGAAAGUCGACAUUUAGCCGUUACCUACUGAAUCACCUGCUCAGUCCAGCACCGCAGACUGAAAACGGUUACAGCAAUACUGAUGGAGUUGCUUUCUUGGACCUUGAUCCUGGACAGCCGGAAUUCUCACCCAUGGGGGAAGUAUAUCUGGCCCAUAUACGUACACCGUGCUUUGGUCCCCCGUUCUCCCAUCCAUCCCUGGACGGAUCGAAAGAUGGGUCUAUUCUUCGCUCUCAUCAUAUCGGGGCCACUUCACCAAAAGAAGACCCAGACCACUACGUACUCGCAGCAACGGACCUUAUGGAUCGUUACAGGAGACUACUUGCAGAUUAUCCGCAAUGCUCUUUGAUCAUCAAUUUCCCAGGGUGGAUCUUCGGACUGGGCUUGGAGGUUGCCACAUGGCUUAUCAAGUCGCUUGGACUAUCAGAUGUUGUUUACAUGAGUGAGAAAGGACCGUCGGAGGUUGCAGAGCCUCUCGCACAGGCAGCCAGUGAAGCUAUGGUCAACAUGAUCACACUUCCUUCGCAGCCUACCGAGUACGUUACGAGGUCCAGUGCACAACUGCGUUCCAUGCAGAUGCAGUCAUAUUUCCACAGAUACCAACCAGCCCAGAUUCAGAGCCAUGUAUGGUAUAAUACGCCUCUGAACCGCAUGCAGCCAUUGAGUGUCGACUACGCCGGUUCACGGCAAGGGAUAUUAGGAGUCAUGGUAAUGGGUGCACAUCACAACCCAGAGCUUCUCCAUGAUCUGUUGGAUGGUUCCAUCGUAUCUAUUGUUGCAGUUGAGAAUCAAAACGCUAUCGCUGGACUUCCGGCCAACGCUGACCUUUCGGAACACGCAAUGGAAGAUGAGGAAGAACAGUCUGAUAUCGAUCCCGACACUAACAUGGAUGAUGCGGCCGAUUCUCCAGCCAACAAGUCCUUGUCACAAUCUACGCUUCUAUCAUCUCUGCAGCCAUUCAUAACUCGCACUCAGCGUGAGGAUCUCCCCUACCUCUUUAUCGGAUCUGGCAGCUGUACCCCACUCAACCCGAAACAUUCUCGUUCCCUUGGCCUCGCUCUUGUCCGGGGCAUCCACCCUUCAACCCGCAAACUAGACCUCGUCACUCCCAUCCCGAUUUCUACCAUACGCGAUGCGCUAGAGACAAGCCAAGGCAUCGUCCUUGUCCGCGGGCAAUUGGAUAAUCCCGACUGGGCAAUCGCUGAGGAGUAUUACGCCGCCCGAGCAGCAGAGCGCCGUCACUCGGCCAAUGUGGCAGCAGCAAGGAAAGCGAAGGCCGGUCAACCAGCAUCAAAGAAGACACAUACAGACGCGCGGAAACAGAAAGAGGUAUCUCAGCUGCUAAGAGAACGGGUACGACGCGCAGGCAAUGUCCCAUGGAUGACAGUCGUGGAAGAUACCAGGCGAUCCUCGAGACCGGGCGAUAGCGCCAACCAGAAAAAGACCAUGUGGAAGUUGAGGAAGAAGGCAUAUCCGGGCAGCGAGAGUGAGACGGAUUGGUAGAUUAUGUACAUAUAUUCGACUACUAGGACCCUACUGGGACACUAUUACUUCUAGAGACGUUUAUAUAUAUACCCUACUACGCAGGAAGGUUUGCCAUCAUGAAUUGAACCAUCAUCUACGAUAU